AAACCGGUCGCAUCCGCCCAGGGUACGCCGGGAGCCGCGCGCGGGGCGCCGCCGCGAGGGCCGCCGGGAAUUGUAGGCCCGGCUAGUCGGACCGCAGUAAUUGCUUCGAGUCGAGCCGCCCCCACGGGCACCUGGGAGUUGUAGGCGAGCAUCCGCAAAGCCCCCUGGGAGUCGUAGUCCUCUCACCAGCUUCCACGUUUUCCGGUAGCCUGCACUUUCCAGCGCCGGUUCUGCCCAGCACAGGCCGCCGCCCCGCGCGAUGCCCGCCCCGCCGUGCGCCUCCUGCGGCAAGGCCCGCGCCGCGCUCCGACGCCCGCGCUCCGGGCAGGCGCUGUGCGGCGCCUGCUUCUGCACCGCCUUCGAGGCCGAGGUGCUGCGCACGGUGCUCGCGGGCCGCCUGCUGCCGCCGGGCGCCGUGGUGGCCGUGGGCGCCUCCGGGGGCAAGGACUCCACCGUGCUCGCGCACGUGCUGCGCGCCCUCGCGCCGCGCCUGGGCCUCACGCUGCACCUCGUGGCCGUGGACGAGGGCAUCGGCGGCUACCGGGACGCGGCGCUGGCGGCCGUGCGGCGCCAGGCGGCGCGCUGGGAGCUGCCGCUCACCAUCGUGGCCUACGCGGACCUCUUCGGCGGCUGGACCAUGGACGCCGUGGCCCGCAGCACGGCCGGCUCGGGCCGCAGCCGCUCCUGCUGCACCUUCUGCGGGGUGCUGCGGCGCCGAGCGCUGGAGGAGGGCGCGCGCCGCGUGGGAGCCACGCACAUCGUGACGGGCCACAACGCGGACGACAUGGCCGAGACGGUGCUCAUGAACUUCCUGCGCGGCGACGCGGCGCGGCUGGCCCGCGGCGGGGGCCUGGGCUCGCGGGGCGAGGGGGGCGCCCUGCCGCGCUGCCGCCCGCUGCAGCUGGCCUCGCAGAAGGAGGUGGUGCUGUACGCGCACUUCCGCCGCCUCGACUACUUCUCCGAGGAGUGCGUGUACGCGCCCGAGGCCUUCCGCGGCCACGCGCGCGACCUGCUCAAGCGCCUGGAGGCGGCGCGGCCGUCCGUGGUGCUGGACCUCGUGCACUCGGCCGAGCGCCUGGCGCUGGCCCCGGCCGCGCGGCCCCCGCGCCCCGGCGCCUGCUCCCGCUGCGGGGCCCUGGCCAGCCGUGCGCUCUGCCAGGCCUGCGCGCUCCUGGACGGCCUGAACCGCGGCCGGCCCCGCCUGGCCAUCGGCAAGGGCCGCCGCGGGCUGGACGAGGAGGGGGCCCAGGGGGCGCCGGGGGACGCGGAGGGGGGUGUGGAGGGGGCCCAGGGGGCGUCGGGGGACGCAGAGAGGGACGUGGAGGGGGCCCAGGGGGACACGGAGGGGGGUGUGGAGGGGGCCCAAGGGGCGCCGGGGGACGCGGAGGGGGCCCCGUCCUCCUGUGACUGCGGGGCCUCCGGGGUCAGGGCUGCCUGUGACUGUGAAUAAACCUGAGUUACCUGCACCCAGGCCUCCCAACUGGGGUUGGGAGGGGGACAGGGAACCAGCGACCUGGGACCCUAUAGCAGCUGCGCCCCAGACCUGGGCGGCUGAGGCGGGAGGGGAUGCCUGAGCACCGGGUGCUUGCAGUGGGAUGAACAGUCUCCUGACUUGACGGGCAGGUGUCACUCACGGUCUCCAUGGUGACGUUCCUCGUUCAGCGGUUUGUGUACAGCCGGUACUGCACGGUCUCAUUUCAUCCCCACGCGGAGCUCCUUGGGUGUAGCGGGAGGAUCUUUGGACAGGGAGCUCAGGACUUCCAUCGGGUGUGACCCCUCAGAGAUGGUGGCACUGACCCUUUCUCCCCAGCCGCCUCCCAUCCUCACCCAGUCCCCCCACCCCCGGUCUCUCCUGGUGUCUCUGUUACGGGGGUGCCGUGGAUUCAGACCUCGGGCGCACAGCUGAGCCGGCCUGGAUAAUGAUCGCCCACUUGGCCGCUCCUGCCCUGGGAAGAUGGAGUCGGGAGUGCACCUGCCCUGCUCACGUGGGCCCGCCUCUGCCCACCUCUCAAAUCCUCUGCUAGAGCCAGCGACACACCUGCGCUGUCCGCAGAGCCCUGGGGUGUCGCUGGCCGGAGGUCCCAGAGGCAGCGAAUCCGCCCGCUGGAGACUCCUGUCUGGUCACUGCACCUCCCGGGUGAGGAGAAGUGUCUCCCAGGCCCAGCAGCCGUGGCACUGCUGCUCGGGAGGAGAUGGGCGCCCCCUGCCUGUCACAUUCAGAGACGGUGUUUUCUAUUUGUGCCUCCCAAGACGUCCUCUCCUCGGAGGAAGCAUGUCCUGCCCUCCUCCAUCCCUGGCAUUGCUGUUGCCCGGGAGCAGUGGGUGGCCGGGAGGUCCCCGAGGACCUGGAUUUGGCCGGGAGUCCUUGGUCCCGCCCUGCAGCUUUGGGCCUAUGGGGGUAGGAGGACUGUGGUCCGCUUGUGUGUCAGCCCCUUCAACAAACCGAAAGAGAGAGACUUCUAUAGACAUUCCAGACUAAGAAGGCAGAGCCGGGAUGUUUGUCCCGCACCAUGCCCCGGGUUCCACACACAUGACUUCUGCCCUGCGUGUGUCGACAGAGCCGGGAUGUUUGUCCCGCACCAUACCCCGGGUUCCACACACAUGACUUCUGCCCUGCGUGUGUCGACAGAGCUGGGGAUGUUUGUCCCGCACCGUACCCCGGGUUCCACACACAUGACUUCUGCCCUGCGUGUGUCGACAGAGCCGGGAUGUUUGUCCGGCACCGUACCCCGGGUUUCACACACAUGACUUCUGCCCUGCGUCUCCUCCACGUUGUACUCCACGAUGGAGACCAAGGACCUGCCGUGAAGACACCUUUUCAGCAACCCUCUUACUGUUCACGCUUGGGGCAAGGGCAGCACCAUGGGUUUGAGGAGGGCUACUCACUCUCUGGCCUUUGCCCCAUCAGUCCCUUCUGCCCGGGGAUGAGGGCUGGCAUCUGGUGCAGCAGUGAAGAUGGUGCAUGGGACGCCUGCGUGCCGUAUCAGAGCCUGGGUUUGAGUCACUGCUUUCCCUCCGACUCCAGCUUCCUGCAGAUGUGCACCCUGGGAAGCAGCAGACGAUGGCUGGAAUAGCUCAGUCCUUGCCACCCAUAGGGGAUGCUGGCAUUGAGUUCUGGGCUCCUGGCCUUGGCCUGGCCCAACCCCAGCUGUUUCAGGCUUCUGGAAAGCGAACCAACAGACGGGAGAUCUCUGUCUCUCUGUCUUUCAAAUAAAUAAUAAUUUAAACAC